CCCGGGAUGACGCCUCAGUAAUCCCACUCUAGCACCAAGGCAACAUCACACCCAAGGAGUACGGACGUACCUCGUCCUGAGCGGGACUCUAGGUGCGGCUCUGCCUGGAGGUAGCUCAUGGAGGGAGGCGCCUGCUGUGAGUGGAUGCGGGGAGCGAGGGCGGGCUGGGGAGGACAGCGCUCUCCUCACUAGUAGCGUCUGCGCCGGGGGGACUUUAGCGGCACUUCGCUGCUACACGACGGACCUCAUGGACGUGCCGCCAGGAUGUAUAUGGUCCAUAUUGCCAAGAAUCCCAUAACUGCGGUCGUCCUCUGCUGAAUGACAGAAAGGGAUAUUUUUCAUCUCCUGUGUUAAAUGUGCUCAAGCUUUUGAGAUGCUGAAAAGAAAAUUACGCCACUGUAAAGUCAGACGCAUAGCCUUUUUGCUCUUUAUCGUACUCACUGUAGCAACCCUGACAGUGGUGAAGAACCACAGCAAAACGUCAGGUUUUACCACCAGAAACCUAGAACUUGGAGGGGAGAGCCCCAGUAACAAUGUGAACUGUACAAAGAUCCUAAGAGGUGACAAUGAGGAGCUAGAGGGGGCUAAAUUAGAGCUCAUAACUGUGAAAAAGGGGAAACAACGGCAAAGUCUGACUGAAAAUGACUACAUCAAUAUGACCAAAGACUGCUACUCAUUCACCCGAGAUCGCAAGUAUAUUUUAUAUCCACUUAGCAAUGAAGAGCGGGAAUUCCCCAUAGCCUAUUCCAUAGUGGUCCACCAUAGAAUUGAUAUGCUGGAAAGGCUUUUACGUACAAUAUACAUGCCUCAGAAUUAUUACUGCAUCCAUGUCGACAAGAAGUCUUCAGAAGCUUUUGUGGCCGCAGUAAAAGGAAUUGCCUCCUGUUUUGAAAAUGUCUUCAUAGCCUCCCAACUGGAGAAUGUGGUGUACGCAUCAUGGAGUCGCGUGCAGGCUGACCUCAACUGCAUGAAAGAUCUUCACCGUGCCGAUGCCCCGUGGAAAUACUUAAUAAACCUCUGUGGCAUGGAUUUUCCAAUGAAAACCAACCAAGAAAUGGUACAGCUGUUAAAAGCAUUGAAAGGUGAAAACAGCGUGGAAACAGAAAAGAUGCCGCCACACAAGGAGGUCCGCUGGAAGAAGCACUAUGAGAUAGUUGCUAAUAGUAUCAAGAAAACCGAGGUUGACAAGGCACCGCCACCAUUUGCAAUCUCAAUGUUUUCUGGCGGUGCCUAUUUUGUGCUCAGUAGAGCAUUUGUUAGCCAUGUCUUGGAAGAUGACAAAAUCAGAACGUUUCUCGAUUGGUCUAAGGACACUUACAGUCCAGAUGAGUUUGUAUGGGCCACUCUGCACAGAUUUCCAGAAAUGCCGGGGUCCGUCCCAGCCAAUAGUAAAUACGAUGUUUCGGACAUGAAUUCCAUCGCCAGGUUUGUGAAGUGGCAGUACUUGGAAGGAGAUGUCACUAAAGGAGCCCCAUACCCACCGUGUAGUGGAACUCACGUCCGCUCCGUUUGUGUGUUUGGCGCAGGGGACUUGCAGUUCAUGCUGGGGAAGCAUCACUUGUUUGCUAAUAAAUUUGACGUUAAUGUGGAUUCUAUUGCCAUUCAGUGCCUAGAGGAACAUCUGAGGCACAAAGCGCUUUAUCCAGAAAUACAUGGGUGAUCUAUGGGCAGCCGUGAUGCUCUGAAUACACACAUUGUGCCACUGUUGUUGCACAGUAUUUUUUUUUGAAUACUGCAAGACAGGAAAAUGUAUUCCAAGAAUUGUACAGUGAAGUACAGCUGGGGAGCUAUUAACUCCGUAGCAGUUGUCGUGCAAUGAUUACCCGGCUGCUUUAUUACUCCUGUAUCAACAUAAAAGUGCCUUCUCUGUGAUACCUAACUUCUUUACUGUGCACCUGAUACGGGACCGCUGCCAAUCCAUCUGAAUGCCAUGCAUAUUUUCUACUAUCCUUGUCAACAAUUUCCUGUUACAUUUUUGUAUUGUUCACAAUGCUGCAAAUACUAAGUACUUCAGUGCCCAUGAAGGACACAGGGCCUUAGUAUCGUGACAUGUUUAGUAGCAGUUCUUUUCAGGUACACCAGUACUAGCUGUAACUAUUAUUUGGGGUGGGUUGAAUGCACAUAAUAUCCGGACGAAUUUCCGUGCGUUUCUACACCAUAUCCGCAUCGCACCAAAAUCCACAAUAUCUGACAGAGGUUUUAGGUGCGAAUUUUGAUGCGGUUUUGGCGUAGAUCUGACCCUUCUAUUGAAAAUGGUGAAAUCCGCAGCUAAAACCACAAACAUAAUUGACAUGCUAUUAAAUUUGAUAACCACAAUGCAGGUCAAU